UAUCUGACGUCUCGCUCGCUCGGCCGCACGCACACUCUCACAGCCCGUCGCCGCCGUGUUGCCCGAUGGCAAAGUGGGAUAAUCCAAGCAUACUUCCAAGAAAAAGAGGCAUCAAAGUUCAAAAUGGCGUUCGGAGGAGCAUAAAUGUAGGAAUCCGUGAUUAAUUUGAGGCGGAAAAAGGUGUACAUACAGGGGGAAAAUCGGUGAAAAAAGGUGACUAAAGUGUACAUAGGUGUGUGGCCGAGAGACUGCCGUGUGCAUUGCGUGUGCACGUGAAGGGUGUUGUGGGAAAAUGAUGCGGGCAAGCGAGGGGAGAAAAUCAAUUGCUAGAGAAACUUUGAUUGGAAAUAAUCAUUGCUGCUAAAGGUGAGAAUUCCAUUGCCUGUGUCGCUCUGUGAGGUGGAGAGAUAAUGAAAAAACCGGCCAAUUCUCACCACAACGCACCGCCGAGGCUCCGCGAGGUGAUAAAUUGUGCAGAAAAUGUGCCAAUGCUUCGCAUAGUGGCCAAAUAUUUUGUGUAAAUACACUUCGCUCGGGGAGAACAAAAAGAGACCCUCCGCAGAGGCUUCCCCAUUUUGGACGAACCCACAGAGUUUCGCGAUCUAAUUGAUGAGACAAUCCCAAAUGGUGGCAAUGUCGUCAAAUGGAGAUACAAAUCAUCAUUUGCCGGACCUUUUUUGAAAUUUCAUAUCAGCAGCUGCGAUGGACUUCCGGGCUCCGGAUGGAUCACUACUGAAAAUAUCUAGUGGAUUUCCUGAACCUGACAUAGGAAAAGCAUUAGGAGUUGAAAUGUAUAAGGUAAAUAUCGAGGAUCUCAGUCAAUUUUUGUCAUAUCAUGAGGUGUUCGGGAAGCUACCCAACGAGGCUGCGCCCACGGCUUCGGGCAUCAACAUCGCCACGACGGCGGGAACCCUCAACAUUGUCAGCAGUAGCAACAAUGCAAUGCAGCCGCCGCCGCAUCCGCCAGUGCCCAACCUCCCUGGCGAGCCGCCGUCCGUCAGCUCGGCCCCGCCGGCCAUCGUGACGUCCGUGCCGCCGGUGGACACGAAGAUGGAGCCGCCUAGCGUGCUGAACUCCGAUCCGUCGCUACCCAACUCGGGCGAGAGUCCAGUGAUCGUGCCGCUGUCGCAUUCGUGCGACAUUUGCGGCAAGAUGUUCCCCUUCCGUUACCAGUUGAUUGUGCACAGGCGCUACCACAACGAGCGCAAGCCAUUCACGUGCCAGGUGUGCGGCCAGGGCUUCUCCAACACGGCGGACCUCUCGCGCCACGGAAAGUCCCACAUUGGCGGCCCCAUGUUCAUGUGCACAGUGUGCUUUCACGUGUUCGCGAACGACAGCAGUCUGGAGCGUCACAUGAAGCGUCACUCCACGGACAAGCCAUUCGCGUGCACAAUCUGCCAGAAGACGUUCGCGCGCAAGGAGCACCUGGACAAUCACAUCAGGAGUCACACGGGUGAGACGCCGUUCCGGUGUCAGUACUGUGCGAAGAACUUCACGCGGAAGGAGCACAUGGUGAAUCACGAGAGGAAGCAUACAGGGGAGACGCCGCACCGAUGUGAUAUAUGCAAGAAGUCGUUCACGCGGAAGGAGCACUACGUGAAUCACUACAUGUGGCACACGGGCGAGACGCCGCAUCAGUGCCAGGUGUGCGGGAAGAAGUACACGCGCAAGGAGCACCUGGCCAAUCACAUGCGAUCGCACACGAACGAGACCCCCUUCAGGUGUGAGAUCUGCGGCAAGAGCUUCACGCGGAAGGAGCACUUUACCAAUCACAUCAUGUGGCACACUGGCGAGACGCCUCAUCGCUGCGACUUCUGCUCGAAGACGUUCACGCGAAAGGAGCACCUACUGAAUCACGUGCGCCAGCAUACGGGCGAAUCGCCGCACAGGUGUACGUACUGCAUGAAGUCCUUCACGAGGAAGGAGCACCUCGUCAAUCACAUCAGACAACACACUGGCGAGACGCCCUUCAAGUGCACCUACUGUACGAAAGCCUUCACGAGAAAGGAUCAUCUGGUAAAUCACGUGAGGCAACAUACGGGUGAAUCUCCGCACAAGUGCUCCUACUGCUCCAAGAGUUUCACGAGGAAAGAGCACUUGACGAAUCAUGUGCGCCAACAUACCGGAGAAUCGCCUCAUCGCUGUACGUUUUGUAUGAAGUCUUUCACGAGGAAAGAACAUCUGACUAAUCACAUUCGAAUACACACGGGAGACUCGCCGCAUCGAUGUGAAUUCUGCCAGAAGACUUUUACGCGAAAGGAACAUCUUACGAAUCACUUGAGACAACAUUCCAGCGAAAAUCCCCAUUGUUGCAAUGUGUGCAAUAAACCGUUCACCAGAAAGGAGCACUUGAUUAAUCAUAUAAGUCGAUCUCACACUGGUGAGAGACCCUUUGCAUGCAAUGAGUGCGGAAAAUCGUUUCCACUGAAGGGAAAUUUGCUCUUUCAUCAGCGUAGUCACAACAAGGGAGCGGCAGCUGAACGCCCAUUUCGCUGUGAUUUAUGCCCUAAGGAUUUUAUUUGCAAAGGUCAUUUGGUGUCACAUCGGAGAUCUCAUUCGGACGAGAAGCCAUACGUCUGUAUUCACUGCGGGAAGUCAUUUGUUGAGAAGGGCAAUAUGCUGAGGCACAUCAAGAAGAACCAUCCGCAGGCCGCGCCGGUUGUUCUGGAGCCUCAAGUGAUCAGUGAGUAUUUCGUAUCGCAUCAAAAGGCCACGCUGCUGUCGCCCCAGAUAAACGCGGCGAGGCCCAUCUGUAGCACAACGGAGACGGUGAGCGCACUUCCUGUGACUUCGACGAUAACGUCUCACAUCCUCCAGCAUACGAACUCACAGACUGCACUGAGGUUGCUGCAGAGCAGCGAGCCACCGCCGCCUCCGCCACCCAUUCCUGUUCAUCCGCCGGAGAAUUCGGUGGCGCUGCAAGUGAAUGUUCACAAUCACAAUCCAGUGAAUGCUCCUCCGCCGCCACAUCCGCAGCUGAAGCCUUAGAAUGAGCCCCCAGUGAGGAGGAUAGUGAAUAGACAAACAACACGUACUAAUUUGCGGUACACCUAACGAGUUAGACAGCCUGUGUAGUGAAGAGAUGCAGAGAGAGUCUCUCUUGGGUGGAUUUUACAGUGGGAGUGAUGAGUUUAUCGUAUUGAGUUUUUCAUCUUUGGUUUGUUCAGGAUAAAGAAUGGAAGACAGGGGAAAUGAAAAUUUUAAGAGAAUGCAAGCACAAGAGAGAGAGAAGGGUUGAAAUUAUGAAAAUUUCCCACAUAAUUGCAAUUUAUUUUACUCCCAAAACUGAUUUAUGUGUAGGAGUUUUUAAUUUAGGAAGCAGCUUUUUAACUAUUAUACUGAGUUUAGAGUUAUUAAUGACACACAACAUUUAGUUUUUACAAAAUGAAAGUGUAUCUCCUCGAUUCACUUUUGAUGAUAAAAAAGAAAACCAAUUGCAAUUGAAUAUAUUUUCACGAACAGAUUAUGUUUUCUGCCCUGAAAGGAAGCGCCAUUUUUGUAGUGUUUACAAAGUUAAGAGAGUGAAAAGAAAAUUCAUAUUCUAUUUUAGAGGAUAUUUUCUAUUAUAUUCUUAUUUUGAGAGAAGAAAAAAAAUUAUAUUUAUGGGCCAUACAAUUUAUAUUCUAUAUAGGUUUAGUGAAGGAGUGUGAUUUGUAAGAUCACCCAGUUUUUGGGAUGAAGAGAGAGGAAUCAAGCUUUAUCCCAACUUGAGCCAUGAAUUCGAAUUUCUCAUAAGAGUUUUAUGAUAA